UGAACCUUUCAGUGAAUGAAGUUCUUCACUGAAGCUGCUCUGCAGACAAAGAGGGAUUAUUGUUCUGAGACUUUUCAUCUUUUAUUUAUUUAUUAUUAUAUAUUUAUUAAUUUCAUGAUGGAAACAUCCAUCCUCUGAGUUUUGGUGAUGUAUUAUUGUCUUUUGCUGGUCGCCUCUCUGCUGUCUGGUUGUUCAGGAAAAUCAUCGGUGCAUGGUCCACUGGAGACGGUCCUGGCCUUUGCCGGAGACGAUGUCAUUCUGCCCUGCAGCUUCAGCGUCGCUGCCGGCGGCGAUGACUUCCCAACGGUGGAGUGGUCCAAGCAAGGCCUGCAGCCCAACGUCGUCCUGUUGUACCGGGACGGCUGCGAGACUCACGAGAUGAAGAACCCGGCCUUCCGGUACAGGACGAGCCUCAUCGCGAAGGAACUGAAGAACGGAAACAUCUCGUUACGGAUCUCCAACGUGCAGCUGGCGGACGCGGGGAACUACCAAUGCAUGAGGCUGUGGAGGAAGCCGCCCCGGGACGUUACAGCGGUGGAGCUCGUUGUGGGUGCCGUCUCUGAACCCAAACUCUCCGUGACGUCAGCCGACGGAGAAGACGUGACUCUUCAGUGCGAGGCCAACUGCUGGCAGCCGGAGCCUCGGAUCCACUUCCUGGACGAACAGGGAAACGACAUCAGUGGCGACGAGCCAAAAAGAGAAGAAGACGCCCGUGGAUGUUACACCGUGAGACGGAGAGUGACUCUCCAGGAUGCUGCCAACAGGUAUUUUCAUCACAGAGUCACCUGCAGAGUUCACCAGCCGGAGACCAACCAGACCCGGGACACCGAGAUUCUCCUACCAGUAAAGAAGUCCUGCUCUCUAACCGCCGUCAUCGCUGUUGGAGUGACAAUUUUACUUCUAUUGGUCGCAUUGUGUGGAUUAGCUGUGUUUUUGUGGAGGAGAUAUGGUAAAUGUGCGAAGGAACAAAAAUAUCCAGUGACCAGACAGUCGUCCGAUCAGAGAUCACUAAGCGGCUCGUCUGAGUCGCUUCACAGUGUGAAAGCUGUCAGGACCGACAACAUAGCAGACAUCACCAUCGAGAUGCUGACAACACAGGUGGCCGACCUCAAGACGAAGCUCUAUGAGCAGGAAGACACCAUCCGUCAGCUACAGAACAACAACACCUCCCAGCCAAGUGCUCCCGGCAGCUUACCCCAGAACACCGGACCGACGGCUGGCGUCUCUCGACAGGACAGCGAUCCAGCACCCGGCCAGCCGGUCUAUAGAUCCUCCCGUAGGCACAGCAGCCCGGCUCUUCUGAACCUCCCGGUGUCGACCAGUUCGGAGAAAAAGCGAAGCCGCAUCGGUCGUUCGAAGAGCGAUGCUCAUGCUCGGCCAGGCCAGAACGGCAAACCUGAGCGCCGAUUCUCCUCCGUGUCUAAUACCCGCUUCUUAAUCCUGACAGAUUUAAAAGAAGAAUCAGAGCUGCUCCUCGCAUGAGGAAAGAGCAAAAAGAUAAACACAAAAGUUUUGAGUUUCCCGAAUCCGAUAAAAACAAAACUACCUGCAUAGCUAAAUACCACGGCUCAUUUUCUGUGUCGCAUGGCGGAAUUAUCAAGUUAAGCUGGCUAAGUAGCCAGCCGUCCAACCAGCGGGCUGGUGGCCAACGGCAGCGAUGUAAAGAUAGAUUGAGGGCGUAUAAAUCUUUGGAUGCCUAUCUUUAAUAAAGUCAGUCAGAAAGAGAGUCGUACAAUAUCGGAGAAGCGUUUCAGACAUGGAGAGAAAAGGGUUGCUAAUAGUUUAGCCUUCUGCCAACAGCGGCCAACGGCUCACGGCUGCGGUUAGCAAAAGGCUUUCCGCCGAUAUUGUAGCUCGCUAGAGCCUCGAAUCACAGUUUGUCAUCUCAUCUGGAUUCUGGCAGCCAACAACACAGCAAGAGGACAUUUUAGAUGUAUAACUUUAGCCCCACUUCUAGCCUUAGCCUCCGGUCUUCCCUUUGUUUAGCCUCCAGCUAACACCGUGACGUCAUCAUGACGUCGACACAACAAGGGUCUCUUGUUCAUUUUAAUUAGUGAGCUUUACAGUUGGCGGACUUUAUUCCCUUUGGACAGAGCCACGCUAACUGUUUCGCCCUUAUCUCCAGUCUUAAUGCUAAGCUAAGCUAAGCUAAAUGGGUGCUGCCUCCAGCUACAUGUUUACCUAGAGAGGUAUGAAUCUUCUCGGGCAAGAAAGCAAACAAGCGUAUUUCCCAAAAUGUCAAAGUUUUCCUUAAAGCAUAACAAGCAGUUUUAUAUAUAUAUAUUUUGUUCAAAUUGCUGAUUUGUUUCUGUAAAUAUCAAUAUGUAUGUUUUAUUUAGUGUAUAAUCACCUGUGUUGUGUUUUCGUUAGCUUAGGAUGAGCCGUUUGUGUCUACGUAGGGAGUGAGUCCACCGUGUUGCACCACCAUGUUUCUACAGUAGCCCAGAGCGGACAAACCAAACUCUGGUAACUUUUCCUGCUUGAGUCGAUAGCGUUACUCCCUCCCUCCACCGCCGCCGCUCUCCCUCUCUUGCUUCACCACUCACAGGUCUAUGUUUCUCCUAUUUUUGCUAAAACGGGUAUAGCUGAUAUCAAGAGUGGCUCUUCUCAACUGAGCGUUCUUUACAAUAUAUGUAAAAGAACACUUUUGAUGUGACAAGAUGUAAAAGAGCCUAUAACCUCCAACACAAAACGAUGUUUACAUCUGCAGGUUGUUUCACGAUGGCCUCGUGAAAAAUAUGAUCACCAUAAAACCAACCGGUUGAGGCAGAUGGCCGCCCGCCCAGAGCCGGGUUCUGCCCGAGGUUUCUACCCGUUAAAGGGGAUUGUUUUUUUCUUGCCACUCUAAAUUAUAGAGUACAGUCUAAACCUACUCUAUACAAAUCUUGAGAUGAUUUGACGCUAUAUGAAAAUAAUUUGAAUUGAAAAUGAAUUAUCGGAGAUUGCCAGGUUGUUCCUAUUCACUGUUAGUACUUAUACCUAUGAAAAAUAAUGCACUAUAUAUAUAAUCCACGUAAUCGCGAGCCAGGAUGUGCAGGUGACGUAGUAUAAAGAGCAACAAACAAACCAAACUUUAACCCUGGAAACCACUGUUUUGUUUCCUGUGUGAUACCAAACAUUGACUUAUUUUAACUUACUUUCGUAACGUAACUUACGUACUUAACUAACGCCACAAACGUAUGUUACGUAACAAACUUAGUUAUUUCAACCCAAACCACCAUCUUUUCCUAAACCUAACCAAGUAGUUUGGUUGCCUGGGCUUGCACAGGCACACCGAUCGCUGGUGUAGCUGGACGAAACGUACGAAAAAUAACUUUUCGUAAGUUCAUCAUACGAACUGUUUUAUGAGGAUACGCACAGGAAAAGACAGGUGGAUAAAAAGUCCUUUUGUAUUCCUGAAAACGUUCACGUUUGAUCCUCGGUUUCAUUUAUUUGUCGUAGUUCCACCUGAAGUGUGCAGCUGCAACAUUCUGCUCACUUUUUGUACAUUUCUACAAAUGUUAAUUACAUAAUUUUUAUUUUUAAAGUAUAUUUUUUUACAAUAAGAUGUCUGGGGUUUUAUAUAGGGGCUCCUUUAUUUCUGCUGUGAUAAAUUAUUGAUUUUUAAUUUAAUUCUCACUUCUGUAUAAAUUAUUUAAAUAGAAAUUGAAUUUCAGUAUGUUUUUUUAAAGCUGGUCUUUUUAUGGAAUAAAUCACUUUGCUUUGUUUAAUUUCACUGCUCACUUCAUUCACACACUACUAGUCGUACAUAUACAGUAAAGAGUUCCCCCUGGUGAAUUAACUAUAACAUUGCAAUUGUAUUUAAUCCACCAGCAGUUCGCUUUUCAAAACCCUUUCUAAUAGGUUUGAUAAUUAAAUCAAAUAAAAAAAUUAAAAGAAUUAAAAAAUGACAUUACAUU